AGUGUCCAGCAGAGGGCCCUGGCCAGACUAUGGCCAACAGGAUGGGAGGAAGGGCCAGCUAUUCCAGACGCCUGACUGGAGGCGGACCCAGCUGCCAGCUGCCUCUCUUAAUUCUACUCAGCCCUUAGGUCCUUUGCCCUCACCUCUCUGAGGCAGCUGCGCCCUGCUCUCCCGGCCAUGAGGUGUCUGUGGCCCCUGGCUAUCUCUCUUGCUGUAGUGUUGGCUGUGGGGCUGAGUGAGGUCCCUGGGACUGCCACCUUGUCUUUGGGUGGACACAGAGCCAAGGUCCAGGAGCAGCGGAGUCGACCCCGAAGAGACACCAAGGACGAGGGGCCCAAGGAGGUACAACACUAUGUACCUGAGGAGUGGGCUGAGUACCCCAGGCCCAUCCAUCCUUCUGGCCUGCAGCCCACCACACCUUUGGUGGCAGCUAGCCCUAACCCAGACAAGGAUGGAGCCACCCGAGGUAGUGGACAAGAGCUGAGGGCCAACCUGACUGGGACACCAAGUCAAAGGCUGCAGAUUCAGAACCCCCUGUAUCCGGUAACUGAGAGCUCCUACAGUGCCUACGCGAUCAUGCUCCUGGCGCUGGUGGUGUUUGCUGUGGGCAUCGUAGGCAAUCUGUCCGUCAUGUGCAUUGUGUGGCACAGCUACUACUUGAAGAGUGCCUGGAACUCUAUCCUUGCCAGCCUGGCUCUCUGGGAUUUCCUGGUCCUCUUCUUCUGCCUCCCAAUUGUCAUCUUCAACGAGAUCACCAAGCAGAGGCUCCUCGGGGAUGUUUCUUGCCGGGCUGUGCCCUUCAUGGAGGUCUCCUCCCUGGGAGUCACAACCUUUAGUCUCUGUGCCCUGGGUAUAGACCGCUUCCAUGUGGCCACCAGCACCCUUCCAAAGGUGAGGCCCAUUGAGCGGUGCCAAUCAAUCCUGGCUAAACUGGCUGUCAUCUGGGUGGGCUCCAUGAUGCUGGCUGUGCCGGAACUCCUGCUGUGGCAGCUGUCACAGGAGCCUGCUUCCACCAUGGGAACUGUAGAUUCAUGUAUCAUGAAGCCUUCAUCCAACCUGCCUGAAUCCCUCUACUCACUGGUGAUGACGUACCAGAAUGCUCGCAUGUGGUGGUAUUUCGGUUGCUACUUCUGUCUGCCCAUUCUCUUCACUGUCACCUGUCAGCUGGUGACAUGGCGGGUGCGGGGCCCACCAGGCAGGAAGCCUGAGUGUAGGGCAGGCAAGCAUGAGCAGUGUGAGAGCCAGCUCAACAGCACUGUGGUGGGCCUGACUGUGGUCUACGCUUUCUGUACGCUCCCUGAGAACAUCUGCAAUAUUGUGGUGGCCUACCUCUCCACUGAGCUCACUCGACAGACCCUGGACAUCCUGGGCCUCAUCAACCAGUUCUCCACCUUCUUCAAGGGAGCCAUUACCCCCGUGCUCCUCCUGUGCAUCUGCAGGCCACUGGGCCAGGCCUUUCUGGAUUGCUGCUGCUGCUGCUGCUGUGAGGAGUGUGGUGGGGCCUCAGACUCCUCGGCCACAGUCAGCGUGGACAGCAAGCUUAAGACCGAAGUGUCCUCCUCCAUCUACUUCCACAAGCCCAGGGAGUCACCCCCGCUCCUGCCCCUGGGCACACCUUGCUGAGUCUAUGGGGGCACGGGAGUGGGUGCCGAGCAGUCUGCUGAUUCUUUCCCACAGGUCUCACUUCGACCUCUCAUCUUGCUGUUUAGAGAUGGAGAGAUGGACUUGGCUCAUUUUGUCAGAGUUUGAGCCUUUCAAAGCCCCAAGUGCCAACAACGCCAUUCUUUUGCUCUGAGGGACCUGCCAGCCUGGUCCUUCCCAUUUGCAGGUGGAGAUCUGUGUAGGUCAUCAGAGUUGGAAUCUUAAUCUGGGCUUCCCAGAGCCAAGGCUCGGCCCCUGGUCUUGGAAUGUGACUAUAGGUUGGCUAAGCCCCUCUAAGCAUCAAUUCUCUAAUCACACUUGGACCCCCAUUCUGGACCAGGGACUUCUGCGGGGGGGGGGGGCAACCUAACCAGGGUCAAUACUCCAUUCCCUAAGAUGGGUCUGUCUUAGCCCUGGAUGUCCCUUCCCUUUUCCCAGAGGGUUCUGCCUUCUGUCUUCCACUCUCUGAGGUACCUGAGUUGCAUUGCCCAACCCCUGCCUCCUGUUAGGUGCUCUCCUGUAGAAGGCCAUUCUGGAAAAACAAUAAAGUAGGUACCACAA